UAGUGUAAAGACUAGUAUGAUGCUACUCAAGAUGUUAGCCCUACGUUAUCAGUUACAAAUGUUCUUCUGGUUUGUGAGAACUGCCCUAGUUCUUUCUAGAGGCAUCGAGUGUUUCUAGACGUUUUCGUAAAAAUGUGAUAGAUACAAUAGUCUAUUACUUUAUGAACAAAUUAUUCAGUUUAAAAGGAAAAUGUAUAACGUAUAAAGGAAUAAAGAUACAGUAGCAGAAAUUGGUAAAUAUGGAAUAAUAAAUAUUUAUGAAGAGGUUAAUAUAAAAAUGGAUGAAGGUGCUAUUAUAAAAAUGGAUGAAGUAGCUGUUACAGAACUGGAUGAAGGUGCUAUUAUAAAAAUGGAUGAAGUAGCUGUUACAGAACGCGAUGAAGGUGCUAUUAUAAAAAUGGAUGAAGAAACUGUUACAGAACUGGAUGAAGGUGCUAUUGUAAAAAUGGAUGAAGAAACUGUUACAGAACUGGAUGAAGGUGCUAUUGUAAAAAUGGAUGAAGAAACUGUUACAGAACUGGAUGAAGGUGCUAUUGUAAAAAUUGACGAAGAAACUGUUACAGAACUGGAUGAAGGUGCUAUUGUUGAUGACAUAUUCACUUCUCUCAACUGGAGAGGAUCUUAUCAAGUGUUACGUUGUGGGGUGCUUCUUCUGUCGACUAUAACUUUGGCGAUACACGCGGAGUCGGUGGUCUUUACUGGUAAAACUGUUACACACCAAUGCCAGCCUCCUCAAAGUCUCAAUGUCACUGUAUCUAAUGUGACAUAUGAUGUCAUGUCAGCUAGUGGUGGCACCUAUUUUAAUGUCUCUUUUGGAGAAUGCAGCAUCGAUGUCACAAACGGAACUGAUACAAUCUUCAGUCAGUCCUGUCAUGCCAACUACAUUUAUACAGGGGAAACAAAGUCAACAUUUGUUACACAGUGGGACUUGGUCUGUGAAAGUGAAUCCCUUUCUGAUGCCACUCAAAGUGUCUACGCUGGAGGUCAGAUGUUCGGAUCUUUGUUUUUUGCUCCCCUAUCUGACAGAUAUGGUCGUAAAAAAGUGUUCGUCCUUACCGGUGUGCUUCAGUUGCUAAGUUCCGUGGUGUCUUCAUUCCCGCCUAAUUUUAUUGUCUACAUGUUCUUACGAUUUCUCUGUGGAGCAUUCAUGGCAACAUCCUUCCAGAUGGCGUAUAAUCUAAAUGUAGAAAUGAUGCCGACAAAACACAGAGCCCUGGUUGAGCAAACUUCUGCCUUUGUGUGGUCCUUCUCUCUGCUGCUGCUCUGCCUUAUCACCCAUCUGACCAGAGAUCUCAGUUGGACUUAUACACAGCUGAUUCUCUCACUGAUUGGAAGCUACACAGUUUUCAUUUGGUGGAUUGUGGACGAAUCGCUGCGAUGGCUUCUGGAAAUGAAGCGCUACAAAGAGGCUGAGUUUCUCAUUAAGAAAAUGGCCAGAAUCAAUCAAGUCGACUCACAGAAAGCCUUAAAUUUGCUAGAGAAAGACAAAAUCGUUCUAGAGGAUGUAAACAUUUCAAACGGCAGUCAAAGCUUAAAUAAAGAGAGUUCAGUUGCAAUGAAUGGCAGUUCUAAUGAUACAAGUCUCAGGAUGUUUCUGUCCAAUAGAAAUUUCUUAAAAUUGACCUGCUUAUCGUCUUUCAUUUGGUUUGUAGACGCCAUUGCUUACGAUGGUCUUCUGAUGAUUGCACCAGGUCUGACUGAUAACUUUUACCUGGGAUUCGCUCUUGGAGUUAUCACAGACAUUCCUGCUACUGUUAUCUUCUGUCUUUCAAUCAAUAGAAUUGAUCGAAAAAAAAUUAUAAGUAUAUUUCACCUACUUGCUGGAAUUUGUUUACUGAUAGCAACCAUCAUACUGAAUACACCGCUAGCUGAUAAAAUCCCGGGAAAUUAUUGGUUUUCGUUGGUCCUGUCAUUACUUGGCAGAGUGACUUUAUCCGUUGGUUACUCAACGGUCACUCUGUACGUGUCUGAAGUGUUCCCUACGUCUGUUAGAAGUACAGGAUAUGGAAUGACAUCUAUUUUUAACUAUUCAGGGUCCCUCGUGGCCCCGUAUUCUCGAACAGUGAGCAGGCACGUACCGUAUGUUCCUAAUGUUGUAUUCGGGGUGAUGUGUGUGAUGGUACCAGCAGCCACGGUACUCCUUCCAGAAACACGAGGAGUUGAACUGGCUCAGACACUGGCCGAAACGGAUAAGAGGAUGGCAAAGGAAACUACCGCUAACAAGGGAAACUAUCGCUAACAAGGGAAACUACCGCUAACAAGGGAAACACAAUCGCUAACAAGGGAAACAAUCGCUAACAAGGGAAACUAUCCUAAGAAAGAAAGCUAUCCUAACAAAGUAAAACUAUCGCUAACAAAAUCACAAAGUUAUAAAUGUUCCCUGUUUCUCAAACAAUAAUUGCACUUGUAACAAAUAAACUCGUUUAAAUGACAGCGUAGUCUACAGUUAAACAUGGUGGAGUUUCGAUAUAAUUGAUUUCAAUGUAUUGGAUAAGUUGGUAGUAAAUUUAAUUAAUAUUGUUUAAUAUGUAGUAGAUCAUAAUGUAACAGAUUGUUUCAUUACAAUGUAGUGCAUUAGUUUGUAGUGGAUUUCAAUGAAUUUUAUUAGGAUAUGGUAGGUUAGAGUGUGUGUAUCAAUAGAUUAGUAUGUAGUUAAGUAAAAUUUAUUAGAUAAAGAAUUCCGUGGAUGAAAUUAUAGUGAAUUAAACUUCAGUAUAUUAGAA